AGCCAUUCUAUCGACACGAAUCAACAAAAUGACACGCGCAUCAGAUCUCAGCCGGGCCUGGGGUUGGCUGCCCCUUGACGACAACUGCGAGUGGGAUUCUAUUUUCACCAUACACGAGUGUUUUGACAACGAAUACCACAAUGUGAUCUUCGCCAUUAUCUCCGUUCUUUACAUUAUCAUCAACAAGAUACACUUCAUCUUUCUUAUGGCCAUCACAAUCCUCCUUGGCCACUGGCAUGCCGUCAGCUUGGUCGAGCUCAUCCUUUCCGUCAUCACGCUGUCCCUUUUGGUUAUCAUCCCGAGAGUAUUUCGAUAUGGGUACGAGAACCACCAAGAGGUGGUAAGACCCUUCUUUUCCACUAUGUGGAAGAUCUGGUUCUUUCUUUCGUUGCCAAGCAUCUUUACAUACUUUCCCAUGGUCUGGUUCAGGGCUUGCCAAGCAAUAGAAAUUGUGAGGAAAUAUCUCGUUUCUAUACGAGACGAAUUAUACAACAUCACAGGCCUUGAGUUUCAGUAUCCUGACCUACCAGACGGAGACGUAACCCACCUCCAACCCAGAGAUACUCGUGCAGAACGGUGGAUGAGACUGCUGGUCCAGGAGGACAGGAGCAGAAGAAAAGCUCGACAAGACGAGCAAGAUCGGAUCGCUGAGGCGGAAAACAGGAGACAGAUAAUCGAGAAUGAAAGGAUUGAAUUCGCCUGGACGGGCCUCCAAUCAAGAGGGCCACCAACCCGUCAACGCCUUCGAGAGCGGUCUGGCCUGAGCCUGAUUGCUACUCCCAGACCUCGUGAGGUGACAUUAGCUGGAAGCUUUAGAGCCAGCGACCCUGUAUCUCCGUCUCCCGCCCGUGAGCCCGCCCCGGCUGCUACUCCUGCCCCGGCUCCCGCUGAUACAGGAACUGUACAGAGCGGCCAAGAGAUCAGAAGGGACUGGGUUGAAGGAAGGCUCAGGAACCGAAGGCCGGGGCGUAUCUUGGUCAAGGACAGCAGCACACAAACGGACCCAACAGACAUUGCUAAUCAUGGCAUGAUGACAGAGCCUACCGAGCUGCAUCCCCAACCGUACGUCAGUCGUGGAGUACAGACUGAUCUGGUCGAACCUCCUUCUCAUGAAGAGCCCGAGGCCCCAGUAGUUGUGCCAGAUCUUCCAGUCUCAGAGCCGAGUCCAGACCCAGCUUCACCUGAGGACACACAGAGGUCUCCCGAUAAGGGCAAGUCCCGAGAUGGCCCUGAGCCAACAAUCAACUCCCAUUUGGUCUUUAUCUAUGAAAGAAAAGCUGAAGACGAAGUAAAGGAGCCAGAAUGCUCUACUGUAUCCUCACCUAUUCCUGCCUCUAUUCCUCUUCAUGACUCGCCUAAGCCUGCAACUGAUGCUGAACCUAGGCAUGUGCAGACUCAUGCUACCGUCCACGCCCCUCCUAACACUAUUGAGUCGGUUCCUCGCACAUCAGCUCCAGCUAUCCUGAAGUCUACACGACAAGCUCCGGUUCAUCCAACCGCGUCUGCUCCAGAGGCUUCUCGGAGAAUUGGCCGAGGGCCUAAGUCCUCUAUUCGCCGCUUACAGCCAAAGGAGAAUAAUGGCAUACGUCGCCAAACACGAAAGGAUGUUCCUUCUAGGAAUAUUAGACAGGCCAACCGGCAUCAAAUCAAAAGGGAGAAAAUGUACGAUAUUUUCAUGGGGUCGUUGGAAGAACAGUCUCCCAGUCCCAUCAAGCCUCUGGAGACUCAACAGGUUAUUGAUACUACUACGACUGAAGCUUGUGAAAACGUUUCUGAAGAGACCUCUGUACUUGAGAAAAUCAUCGACAUCGACGCUAUGCUCGAUGCUUCAAUCGCAACAUCUCCCGUACAUGGAUGCAAUGAGUCUGAGGAGUCUGAGGAAGAUAUAUAUGGCGAUAGCCUCGACGGCAAUGAUGAUAAAGAAAACCAACAAGAAAACCUGGUCGGAGUACCAGAAACACCAGCCGAAAGAACCGGUCCUGACCACCGUGACGAAGAGAUGGGGAGUUUCGAGCCAGGUGCCGCUGAGGAUGCGGGCGUAAGUACAAAGGAGGAGCAAGUACCAAUAGCAUCCCCAACUGAUGACGCUCAAAUGGUCGAUGUUUGGCGACCAAAUGAAGAGGAAAGUCAAAGAAUAGGAGAUGCAGCUCCAGACGUGUUUAGAGACCUCAUGGACCAAGAUGACGAAGACUCCUCGGAAGACACAAAACCAAAAAGAGAGCCUUCAAUGAGCCCAAUGAGAUGGAUAGUAACAGAAGAUCAACAGGGGAGCAUUGAAGAUACUCCUAUGCAGGAUGUGCAGUCGUCUGCACCACCCGGCAUUACCGCUGGACUUCACCUACCGAUUCAACAGCCAGAGGACCCGAGUGUCCAGGCGCAGCCUUUUACAUCCCCAGAAUCUCCUCCCGUAUACCAAGCGAUGCCUCAAGAAGAACAAGAUGAUCUCGCGAAAAUGAUGGAGGCGGAGUUUUCGAAAGAUGGUCCGGACACACCCACACAAGAUGCUCAACCUCUUAGUGCUCACCCUCAACCUCUAACGUCUGGAGACCCGCAUCUGGAGGCUUUUCGUGCUAGAGUCAAGGCAGCAGAAACCAAACCCCAGCCAGACAAGUACUACGGACUGCAGGUUCCCAGGGACCUCGAUCCCCCUGAUCCAGUAAAAGAGGCCACCGCUGAACAGCGUGCUAAGCGAAAGAUUGCGAAACCGAUAUCUCGAACUCAUAAGUGCACUUCCACGGCCCAAACAACUCCUCAGUCGGUGUCACAAGGGCAACCUUAUACACAGUCGGAAACAUUACGACAAACGCCCGCCCAGGUAACCGCAGACGAAGGAGGUGAUAUAGCAGAGAUGGACUCGCCGGCUCGCAAUCUAUUACUCCUCGCAAGUGAUAUGGGUAUUGUUGUCGGGAACGAUGCCUCAGACCAGGAGUCUAGUCAUCAGGACACUAACGCUCAGGAGACUGAUUCUCAAAGUGCAAACAAUCAGGAAACCAAUACUCAGGAGGCUAAUAUGCAGGAGUCAGCCGUCAGUGACACUGAGGUCGAAAGGCAAACGGCAACGACCCAGCCAGAGGAACAAACUGCCCCAAACUCACAAAAGCCUCAAAGCACUCCUGCACCCAUCUUGUCAGCUGAAAGUCAACCCUCGCCAGCAGCCGCAGCUCAGCAACAUACUCCUACCACCAAUAACUCACCCACCGUAGCGGGCCCCAGCAGUACGCAACAACAACCAAGUAUUCGCCCCAUGAUGAUGGGCGGACUGAUGCUUCCAGGGGGUAACCCAACGCUUUGUAACCCAACAGCAACAGCCACACCAGCACCCGGGAAAUCUGGCCCUGACCCUGAGAAGAUUGCAGAGUUCCAUAGGAAAAAGCAGGCACAACUGAAGAAGCCAAGACCGAAGAAACCAGUUGGUCUCUUUAUACAGAAGAAACGACCUGCUGCAGUUCCAUCGACACCAAACACACCUCGGGGAAAUCCAAACUCUUCCACUCAAGGACAGUCGCCAUCACUAGGGGCUAUUGAUGAAGGCGAUGAGAAUAGGCAGAAGACCGAUCGAGAAUUAACCUUUGGCAUUCCAGGAUCUAACAAGAAGAAACAAGGUCUACAAAUUAUCGACAUAAAUGACGUCCCGGAUCAUCAAAGAAAUCGGAUGCAGAAAGAUGAUGCCGGACGUAAAGACGAAGAAGAAGAAGAAUCCUAAUUUCUCAGGUAUAAGGGUGGCUGACUUGAGAGUGCUGGAGUUUCCUGCCAUGAUCUUCGUACUACGAGACUAAUGGCUUAGGUGGAUACACAUUGUGCGAAUGACGGAGCCUCAAAAGGGGUUGGCCCAACUGACAUGAAGAAUGUGUCCCAGAUCUUUGGUUUAGGUUACUAUUAGACAUAUUAGACAUAAAGCCUAUAUCACGAAAGGACUCAGGUGUAUGAAUGUAGUUUAUUACUCCACUGGAUCGACCAUCCAGAUGGGAGUUGCUAAAUCACGAGAACAAUGCUACCCAAACU